GAUUAAGUAAGUGACAAGGGGAGAACCGGCAACAAGGCAGAGAGAGUCGGACGGAGACGCAAGUACAUGCGUUCAGUUAAUAAAGUUAUGUUAAACAAACAUGUCGUUUCCUUUUGUUUUAACAUAUAACACAUGGCGCAGUCGGAAGUAAAUUUGGUGGUUUUAUUAUUCGUAUUGUCAGGGCACUCUGGUUAAACAUUUUGGGGCUUAUUAAGCUACCUACUCUACUGUUAUCUCGCUUGAUGAGAAAAUGGCGGUCUCGUGCAACGUACCAGCAAAACUAGUUUUGGAAGGAAAUCUAAGUGAAAAUUGGAGAAGAUUUGCCCAGUCAUUCGACAUAUACCUCUUGGCUAGUGGACUUGAUACACAACCUGAUAAGCGCAAAAUUGCAGUCUUACUAAACUUAAUUGGUGACGAAGCUUUGGAAGUUUACAACACGAUCAAAGGUAAUACUACAAAUAAUGAACUUAAAGAUGUUUUAGCCAAACUAGAGGAAUAUUGCAACCCUAAGAAAAAUGUCUUGCAUUCACGCUUUAUAUUCAAUCAACGUAAUCAAAAGGAAGGCGAGCAAUUUAAUUCGUUCUAUACUGAUGUCAAGUUACUAAUUGGAGCCUGCGAAUAUAGUGAUGCCGACGAAAUACUUCGGGACAAACUUGUUUUCGGGUCAACCAAUCAAGAUGCAAAAACUAAAUUAAUCAAAGAAGGGAACCCCAAGCUAGAUGAGGUGGUAAAAUCUCUAAGAUUGGCAGACAUCACGGAUAUACAAGUUCAAAAUAUCUUAUCAACACAACCUAAUGUCCACUCUACCGUUACGAAACAAACAAGACCGAAAGCAAGGCCAAGUUUUAUCAAAAAGACUGACAUUUGUGAUAAGUGUGGUCUCACUCAUUUUAGUGUAGGAAAUUGUCCCGCGACCAAUAAGACAUGUGCAAAAUGCCAAAAAAGGAACCAUUUUGCAAAAAUGUGCCGAUCAACGCGAGGAUCAACGCAAACCCCUACGUACUCUCGCAAGCAAGUUCAUGAGAACAUCCUAGAGGACGACGAGGAGAAUUACUUUUGUGGCUCCAUUAUUCAAGCCAACGUAGAUUCUGUGGCGUGGAUGGAAACUGUCAACAUUGAAAAUAAAAUGGACGUCAUGUUCAAGCUGGAUCCAGGUGCGGAUGUUAACAUCAUACCAGUUCCCAUAUAUAAGAAGUUGAAGAAAAUGUCGCCAUCAAUAAGACUACAGGGUUGUACAGCACGUCUAGAAAGUUGGAACGGUUUCAAAACUAAUGUUGAAGGAAUCGUAUCUUUAAAAAUACAAAUAGGUAAAAAUUCAAGUUAUGAACGUUUUUAUGUCGCAGGUCAGGAACAGUCCAUUCCAAUUCUCAGCAGAGACACUUGUGUGAAGUUUAAGUUAGUUAAGCGGCACCAUGUGAAUGAAGCCAAGGUGCAUAUGUUAAAGGACGAUUUUGUUACUUAAGGAAGGUAGUAUUCCUACUUCAAAGCCACCACAUCGUGUGCCGAUCAAAAUUCAACCACAGUUAGAAGCUGAAUUACAAAAAUUAGUAAGUCUAGAUAUAAUAAGUAAAGUUGAUAA